AUGAGUAAUUGCGCCGCUUGCCCUGAUGCGAUCGACGAUAACAAUUUUAUAAAAUGCAAUCGCUGCUCAAAAAAAUUUCACCUGUUAUGCAUUAACAUUAAAAAAGGCGAAUUGGAGAAGGCCCCUAGAGAUUAUGAAAGCAAUUGGCUAUGUCCGAUAUGUCUUAAUAAGCAGCCUAAAAGCGAUAACUCGCGCAAACCUGUUCGGCCUACUACGCCAACAGGGAUGGCAGACAUGACCUUUAUUAACACUCGCCGCAAGUUACACAGUCGGACGGACAGUGACCCGAGUAUACAUUUGUCAUCUGCCUCGGAUGCGGGUAUUCAUAAUAUACGUGAAAUAAUACGCGAUGAGUUGCGCGGGGUUAUGAAGGAUUUUAUGGCUGAUUAUAUGACGGAUUUCAAAAACACAAUAAAAUCACAGUUCUCUGAAAUUAUGAGCGAAAUAAACGAAUUUAAAAAUUCUUUAGAAUUCAUUAGUGAAGGCUUCGACAGCAUGAAAAAAGAACUUUCCGCCGCAAACGCCAAAAUUGCACUAAUAAAUAAAGAAAACGAAACCCUGAGAUCGGAUAUUUAUUCUUUGAAGCUACGUUUGAACACCUUUGAUCAGCUUUCCCGCUCAUCUAACCUUGAGAUACAAUGCGUCCCUGAACGGAAGGCCGAAAAUUUGAUAAUUAUGGUGCAAGAACUGGGUAAAUCUAUUAAUUUUAACCUAAACGAGAAAGAUAUUAGUUAUUGUUCUCGAACAGCAAAAUUGAAAUCUGACAGCCCCAGACCUCGCUCGAUUUUGGUAAAACUGAACUCACCUCGAACCCGAGACUGUUUUCUUGCUGCCGCCAUCGAAUUCAACAAGAAAAAUCAUGAAAACAAGCUCAAUACCGGGCACAUUGGAAUUUUAUCUACUAAAGUUACCCCUAUCUACGUAACGGAGAAUCUAUCGCCCGAAAAUAAACAUCUUCACGCUGCGGCGCGCAAAGUAGCUAAAGAAAAAAAUUAUAAGUUUGUUUGGAUCCGCGGCGGCAGAGUUUACCUACGGAAAACCGAAACAUCCGAAGCCAUUUUUGUGCGUAAUGAAGAAGUGCUCGAGAAAUUAAAUAAACUGUAA